UGACAAUGUGUUGUCCAAAUGAAUUAAACGUUCGUGGCUGAACAGCAAAUAAAAUUUCCAAUCGUGGGCUGAAAAGGUCAAGGUUCAAAACUACACCCAGAUGUAGAAGACAGAGGAAGCCGGAGUAACAAAAAACUUGAUUUAAUUACAAACAAAAGGGCUGCUGACCAGGAUACAAACCGAGAUCCUAAACUUGACCAAGACAAGUUUCUCUCGUCUCUCAUUUCUAGGCUGCUGCGCGGAGCCGAACAUCAUCACAAUGGUCCUCCUGAUCUUCGUCCUUACUCUCAUUGCAGGUGCAUGUCCACUAAUGGUUAAGGAGAAAUAUGUGAAAGCAGGUGACAUGCUGGUGCUGUACUGCGGUGAGAAACAAUGUAAGAACGGUGAUUCAGUAACAGUCUGGAAGAAGGACACGGACCAGGAGACGUUUCUGUUCAACACGUCUGCAGCUGAGCAGAAGCACAUGGGCAUCCUAGUUUUUGGAAACUGCUUCAUGGUUCUCAACGCAUCUGCAAACCAUCAGGGGAAUUACUCGUGUGAUUCUCGCAGACUUGGCAGGAAGACCAGCAAGCAUAUGGAGUUCAUGGUGACCGUGUACACAGCCCAGUCGAAACAGUAUGAAGAGAGGAACCAGUACCCGAUAACAUGUUACAAGCAGCAUUCCUGCACAUUAGACUGUCCUCAUGACCUUGCUGAAGAUGCCCCCAAUAUCAUAAAAAGACCCAUCAUGUGGCACAAGGAUGGUAAGACAUCUCCGUCUUACUUCCCAAGUGUUGAAGAUAAAGAUAGUGGUGUGUACACCUGCAAAAGGUCUUACUUGUACUCUGGUCAAAUGUACAAUAUGACCUUUGCUGUGCCCCUCACUGUGAAACAGGAAACUGUUCGGAAAUGUUCAAAAAUCACUUCGCCACAAGAUGGUCAAGUUUAUCCCGUAGAACUGGGCUCCAUAGUAGAGAUUCACUGUGAAGCCAUCACCAGUUCCUGUGAUGUUCUACUGUUCUGGCUGAGUAAUGCAUCAUUUGUGGAUGACGAUAAUCAGUCUCGAGUUUUCUACCGGGAAUCUUGCAACACCGAUACUAAAAGGAUGACAGCAUCUUUAGUCAUCAGAGAUGUGUCGGAGGAGGAUCUGUCCAAGAGAUAUGAAUGUAAGCUUCAAUGUGACAGCCAACCAUCACAGUGGACUACCAUCACACUCACCCAGAAAGUUUACCCUUCACACAGUUGGAUGGCUGGAUGUGCAGUUAUCCUCAUAGUGGUGAUGGUUGUGGCAGUAGUUAUCUGUCUGCAGUUUAAAGUUGACAUCAUCCUUUUCCUAAGAAACACUCUUGGCUGGCGACGCAGCACCUCAGGUCAGAAUCAUAUUUUUGACAAACAAGAGAUGGGCUAACUCCAAAUCUCAGCUACAGUCCACCUGAAACCAGUGUAUAGUUGUACGCAGCUCCAACCCAGUGUCAUAGAUAAAAGGGGUAUAUGAUGAGGAUAAAACCAAAAAAAAAUAUCUGUGCAUUCUGACAGCUUAAAGGACACAUGACAAACCAUAACAUCUUCACUCUUUACUAUUGCAUUAUACUUCAUUUAUAUUGGCAAGAGCAAUGCUUUGCAGUGAGCUGAAGCCGCAAGGUAGCAGUGACAGGAUGUGUGACCGUGUGUUUAGAUCAGACGUGGGGAACCUGUCCUGCAUGUUGAUGUUUCACUGCUUCAAAACACUGUGA